ACUGAGAAACACAGACACACACACGCACAUCUGUUCUGAGCUCCAACAGAAACCAUGCUCAAUUUUCUCUCUUUGAUGCUAAUUUCAGUUUUAGCCAAGCAUGCGAGUCCAUCAGGACGAGUCCAGCGCUCCAUCGGCAGAACUUUCAGAUCAAUGCUGACCGUCCAUAACGGGAUGAGAUGGGGAUCAUGGGGUCAGAAAGAGAUGUGUCCAACUGGGAUGUACGCCGCAGGAUUUAGUCUAAAGGUGGCAGGUAUGUGGGAGUCUCUGCUGGUUGGCGAUAACACAGCACUCAAUGGUAUUCGUCUUCAUUGCAUCAACCCAUCUACAAAAUCAUCUGCUCCAUAUGAUGAUUACGCCACCGUUCAGUCGGAUGUAGGAAGCUGGGGAAAAUGGUCAGAUAUCAAAUGGUGUCCAAGUGGAUUCCUGAUGUCUUUUCAAUUGAGAGUGGAGCCCUACCAAGGCACCUGGGAUGACACGGCUGCAAACAACAUCAGGUUUAAAUGCAGUGUAAACGCAGAAGAGCUGCAGGGAUCUGGGAUGUCCUGGGGCGAAUGGGGUGACUGGAGCGAGACCUGUGGAGGAAGGGGAAUCUGUGGGAUCGAGACUAUGGUGGAGGAACCGCAGGGUGUAGCAGACGACACCGCACUCAAUGACCUGCGCAUCUACUGCUGCGACUAAACUGACAUAAUGAUGCAUUGGAUUUACUACACUUUAUUUAAGAUGAGUGGGUUGCAAACCAGUUAUAUGGGCUGAAUUUAAACACAAAUGAAGUUGAACAUUACUGCAUUUCAUUUGUUUGUUUAAAUUUAGCCCAUAUAAAUUGUUUGCAACCACUUACCUUAAAAAUAUUCAAUAAAUCCAAUGCAUCAUUGUUUUAAAUGCAUAUAGUAGAGCUGUAAAGCAGAGGGAAUUCAACAACUAUUGAAAGAUUUCUCCAGUUAUAUCAAAACAUCUGUCGCAGAAUUAUUAUUUUUAUUCUUCUUCAAAUAUUUCCUAAAUGAUGUUGAACAGAGUCAGGAAAUUUUCACAGUAUUUCCUCUAAUAUUUUUUCUUCUGGAGAAAGUCUUAUUUGUUUUAUUUCAGCUAGAAUAAAAGCAGUUUUUAAUUGUUUUAAAGCCAUUUUAAGGUCAAUAUUAUUAGCCCCCUUAAGCAAUAUUAGUUUUGGAUUGUCUCCAGCAGCGGUUCCCAAACUUUUCAUUCCACAACCCCCAAAAUAACAAUGCCAGUGACUCGCGACCUCCAAUACCCUCUGAGGUGGUUAGAAAUUUAGAAACUUUGCAUGCAACGGUGCACACACACCAAUAGGUCCAAGUCUAUUAUUCGUUUAAUGUUUUUUAAAUAUAUGUCAGUGCUGUAAAUGUUCCAGAACGUUUAACCUGGUGUCAUAAAACCAAUCUGACGCCAUUGCUGUGUCCUAAUAUAAUGUAAUCACCCUUCCAA